GAGGAAAGGGUCAGUCAGUACCGUGUCGACGGUGGUCGGGUUACCAGAUACUUUAAUAAAGUAUAACGAUAGUAAAUUUUGAACGUGGCUUACUCUCUCUGAACACACCUGUAGCUCACGCUUGCAGCCGCGGCUAGACAUCUGCAUUUUCCUACAGAAAUUAUGGUGCGAGACGGCUGGGACGAGCACAGCUGCGUCAAGUGACUCCACCUGGGGGCUGGUCUUCCUCUACUCUCCACAAGACUUUUAAUACUUCUUUAUUUUUCCAUCCUUGUAACUGAGAACUGAACUGGUUUUGUGAUUGACAUUUUUAGGAUACAACCAGUGAAAAGGAGAAUCGUUUAUAUUGUUUUUGUUACUUAUAAAAUGCCACUAAAGAAGUAUAUACGUGCCCCCGUGGAGGAGGUUCCCAGUAUCAAGGAGAAGCUCGCCUUCUUCGAGCAGCAGGGCAGUCGAGAAGUGGUGUACGGAGCCAUGAUCCCCGAGCCUGACUACAGCGACGACGAGACGGACUCCAAGCCCUCAGUAACUACCUCUAUGGUCGCAAGGAACAACCAGGUCAACUCCAACAACAAAGAGCAAGAAAAGUUACACUCCGGCCAGGGACGACUAGAUGAAAGAGGUCUCAUAAUGCCCAAGAAGCUCGUCAACCCUUACCUUGAAUCCUCGGACAAGAAGAAUCUCCACAGAGAACUAAUGUUCAAUCAAAAGAGGGGUGUAAAUAUUCUCAACCAAAAAAGUGAGCUACAGAAGGCAAUGGAGAAACACAAUGACAAAAAGGUUUUGAAGGAACAAGAGAAAGAAAAGCAAGCAUCUUUGACUCCCUUCCAAAAAGCUCUUGAUGAACGAGCUCAGAAGAUUGAACAGAUGGAGAAGGCUGAAAACAAGGAUAUAGAGAAUGAGAAGACCCCUGCUUGUGAAUUUGAAAAAAUUCAUGCCAAAGUUAGAGCUAAAAUGGAAGUCCAGUGAAGAUGGGCCAUUGACUUUAAAAUGUUACAAUACACCUAAGAAAGUUACUAUUGUGAAAACUGAUAGUUUUCAAUACCAUGUAGAUGCGACAUCAGUACCUCUACAUUAUAAUACUACGAAGAGUACAAUGUCUUUUUAAUAAGAUAUACCGUACUUGUAUCGUAAAAAAUACAUGAAAUUGUGCAUAUUUGGUCUUGUAUUUACCAGAGAGCUUUCACACUAGGAACUUAACCACAUACAUAACAUAUAUUCACCUCGUGUACAGAUCUCACCAUAAUUCAUCAUUUCUUUUCCAUAGCAAAAAUCGGUGUAAGUUUUAAAUUUUUUACCACUUAGCUACUUGAUUUGAUGUGGCAAAAAUCUUUCAAGGCUGUCAGAAUCCCUUCAUAAAUGAAUACGUUUGUGUGUUUGUAUUAUUUGACUUGCACUAGUACACCUUAACACAGUAAUGAAGUUAAGACUAUUAGCACAAUAAACAGUAUUAUAAUGUAAUUUUGAUUUAGCCAGUUUAGUAUAAAUGUUUUAAUUGGAGGGGAGGGGGGGGGAAUAGAUCAACAUAAGUACAUCUUAAGACAAUAAUUUGUAUGCAGUGAACAUUCAUGCAGUACAAUAGUUGCUAAAACAUUUGAAUUAUGCCUUAAAUUGAGAUAGCUGUAGCUGUUGUUUUGCUUAUUAAAACAUCUAAAGUCUGAGCUAAUGUGUUAUUGAUCAUAUUUGGUUUUAUAAAGUUUUACCCAUUUUAAAAAUUUGCAUUGGAACUGAAUAAACUCCCUAUGAAUUAUUUCCUGCAUUGCAGUUAAUAUGUUCUUAAUUAUAAGGUAAGAUAAUGUACAAGUGUAGAAAUAAAUAAUUAUACUUG